AAUAAUUUUGAAUCUUCAUACACUUAUACUCUAUAUACUAAAUAAUAAUUUAAUAUUAAAGUCUUAAAUUUAUUGGAGUUCUAUACAGUUAAAUAUAUUAAACGUGCUCAGAAUCUUUUACAACGGGUGGACCGUGAAGUUGUGUAAUAAUCUGUAUAAUAAUCUAAGCGCGUAUUAUAGUAUCAUGAGUUCAUGAUCAGUGACCCCAUCCCCUUCCAUUCCAUAGAAAUUCAAACAUGUUCAAAUCAAACCCCAUCUUUAGUUCAUUAUUUUUACCCAUUUGAAUCAUCUAUUUAACAAACAAAACAAAACCCAUACAUCCUUCACCGGUAAACCAUCCAGAAAUCCCCUGCUAACCACCCAGAAUUCCCUAAAACCACCCAGAACUCCCCCUGAAAACCACCAAUGGCAGCAGAAGAACAAAGUUGCUGUGGAUGUUGCUGCAGAUUAAUCUUCACAUCGGGUUUAACAACCUUAUUUUUAUGGCUAAGUCUCCGAGUCAACUCACCCACAUGUUCAAUCGAAAACUUCACCGUUUUUGCCCUAAACAAAACCGCAAAUUCCUCCAUUAUAUCCAACAAUAAUAAUAAUAAUCAUACCAUUCGUUAUGAUUUAAAGCUCAAUAAUAAGGAUAAUAAAGAUAAGGGUAUUUAUUAUGAUACUCUUAAUCUUACUUUUUAUUAUAAGCUUAAUCAAACCUCUGUUUUGCUUGGAAACGCUACGUUUAAAGAUUUUUAUCAAGGACAUGGAAAGAAAACGCAUCGUAUUGCCACCAUUGAUGGUGGUAAAGGGGUGAAAUGGGAAAAUGAUACUGCCACAACGGCGUCGUUUAGAGUUGAGCUUAAUACGUCUGUAAGGUAUAAGAUUUUGUUUUGGAAAACGAAACGACAUCGUUUGGAUUUGAGUGCUGUGUUGUUGGUUGAUGAAACGGGGAGUUUGAUUAAGAGGAAGAAGAAGGGGAUUAAGUUUACUUCAAAAGCUUGGAAUAGUAGUGGUUGUAACGUUAUGGUGUUGGGCAUUUUAGGAUUUUUAAGUUUCAUUCUAUUUUGGUAAUUUGAAAUUAAUCCUUUUAUAAGGGGUGAGAAUUGAUAAUUGAGAAUUUUAGAUUUUUAUGGAUUAAUCUAUUUUUGUAAUUUUGAAGUAAAUUAUAUCAUUCCAUCUUGCUAUGUUGACUAGGAAAUCAUUUUAAGUAAAUUUCUAUAUUUUCUCUCUUUAGCUUUUUAAUAACAAAUUUUUUACUAUAAAUUUUAAUUAUCCAGUGUUAUUAGGUAAAUUUUGAGAUUUGAAAUGGUUGUAUGUAUCCAAUCGUGUCCUUAUAAAUGAUAUAACUAAUAAAGUU